AUGUCGUUCACAAGCACCUUGCACUCGCUAUCACAGCCGCCGUCGCAGUGCUGGCAGUCGGGCCCGUCCCAGUCCCAGCCACAACCCUCAGCCCCGACCGCCGCUCGGUCAAAUCUCCGACGAGCAUCUCGAAUCGGCCAGGGCAGACCCCUUAGCACCGGUUCCAACAGCUUUGGUUCUGUUGCAGGCGGCACCACUUCGACACCUCUCGAUCGAGCUCGGUUACUGGUACAAGUCGAAAAGCUCGGCAUCGAACUGGAGGCGAUCAAGGACCUGCUCGCGCCGGACUCCCCCUUAUCUCAAGUACCCCAACAGCUUCAGGCAUUGCAAGAGCAGGUCGCGCAGUUCUUCGGGCCUCAAUCGCUUCAGGCUACUCAAGGUCGGUUCGGUGACAUCUUAACGGGAAAGGAGGAAUUAACUGUGCGAAUAUUACGAAGGUCAACAGAUGUCCUUUCGGACCGAGUCAACGCUUCGGUCCAAGCUUCGAUCAACUCGGUCGGUCAAGAUAUCUUGCGCUCUCUCCAUGAGCUGGGCCAAACCCAACGGCAGUACAUCGACACAAAGUUUGACGAGCUUGCGAAGCGUGGGACUGCUCGGACGGAGGUACUUCUUCAACGAGUGUCGGAGCUGAGUCACAAGCUGAAUCGGAUGGCCGCUGUCGAGAGUGAGACGUCCCACAAGGUGCAACAAGGAGUCGAUCAGCUCCGGGAGGGGAGGGAUGGGUGGUUCGAAAGGCGCUCAGAACAUGGAUGUGGUCACGAGGUGGAGCUGGCGGAGCAGGCGGGUCCAUCGUACCAAGCUUCCAGUGUCGCGCAGGUGGACAAUUCAUCGUCUUCAAUAAUAGCCCAAGCUGCUUCGAAGGAACCUCCGGCGGCCGAGCGGAGACAAAACGCUUACUCUCGCAGGAAUGACUGUACAGAAAUCGCAUCCGAGCAUGAAGCCAGCGAGAAUCACCGUUCCACUCCCCACAAGAAAUGCCAAGCGAACAAGCGGAGCAUCAACCAGGAUGAGGAGGGCAACGUUUUACUACUGUUUGAGAGAGCAUGA